CCUGGUGGUCUAGUGGUUAGGAUUCGGCGCUCUCACCGCCGCGGCCCGGGUUCGAUUCCCGGUCAGGGAACUCACUUUUGGUUAACAAUUCAACUAAUCCUGAUAUGAUCCUGUGUUUUACUCGCUUUUAUCGAGGGGUAUUUCCCAUGAGCACCUUACAACAACGUACAGAAUAAGAGACAGAGGGAGGCGGAUGGUCUCCUGACGAUCUGUACAAUCAGCUGUGAUGCUGCUCCUUGUUCUCUGGUCCAGUUUCCUGGUUUUGUGGCCAUCACAAGGCGCGAUGGAGGGCAUCAAUCAGGACAUCUGUCAGGGGGAAGAGCCCAAUGAGGUGCUCUACGUGGCUCACUUCAUGAAUUCUUCGCUCCAGGAGGAGGAGGAGUUAGAUCUGACUGAAGUAGAUGAAACCUUCAUCUGCCUCCUUUACCCAACAAAUCUACUACUCAACUGCUCCUGGUCAUUCCUCACAUUAGAGAAGGAUAUGCAGCUCUCUGUCUCUAUCAGUGUCUGCCAUGAUAACACAACAGUUCAGUCUCGGAGCCAAUCGCCUGUGGAAUGGGUCGGAUCAAGGUCUUUAGUUCUGCAGCAGCAUGAGAAGUUAAAAGUAGUACUUCAAUUUAACAUGUCCCAGCACGACAAGUGGAGAGUCUACACCUACACAUACGACACGGACACACUGGAGGUCCUGUCCCCACCCUCAAUCUCUGCAGCAUUCAAAGAUGGAGAACUAUUGGUGAAGUGGGCUCAAUCAAGCCCCAUGUGCUUUGAAUACCAGCUAGACCUGGGUAACCAGGAGCCUCCGAAACAGCUGACAUCCCAGCAGUCUUACACAGAGCUGAGUACGGAUCCUACCUUCACCUACAGAGUGAGGAUGAGGACAAGGAAGCUGGCCAUUUGCAUCCUAACUCAGUGGAGUGAAUGGAGUCCCACUGUCACGGUGGAACCGUCAGGGGAGCCAGACAAACUCAACACCCUGUCGAUCAUCUCGAUUUCAUUUGGAAUACCCAUGAUCCUCCUGGCUUUGCUGCUGUUGGUGCGCCAUCAGAGGGUGUCUAAACUUCUGUUUCCUCCGAUUCCUCAACCACCGCCAAAGUACAUAUAUUUCCUGGAAGAAAAUGACACGUUCAAUUUCUUCCAUCCUGUGCUGCCAUCUAAGGCUGAAGAGGAGAUCACUAAGGUGGAGGAAGAAGAGGAAAACCCUUUAAAGACAUUUUAAAAGUAAUAUGGGGAGGACACUUUCAGAUUUACAGUAUUUACACCGACCUAACACCAACAACAUUUUCCCUCAGCUCAAAAAUGUGUUGAAUGUAUGCAUAUGAAUGUGGGAGGUGUGUUUUUUGGGUGGGGUCUUGUGUUUUACAGCCUUAUAUUCAAUGGUCUCAAGAUCAAGAGUGUUAGCUCAGGUUUACACUUUAAUAUGGUUCAAUAUCUGUUGGCCGCUUCGCUUGUCACACCUUAGCUUAGGGUAAACAAAACUUUGUGGAUAUGGUCAAAUCUUUGCACGCAUUUGCAGAUGUGUCUACACAUGUAUAAAUCUCAAUACACUUUCAUUUCAUAAACUUCA